AUGGAUACCAUUGUAUCCAAUUCACCUGCGGUCAUGGGACGAGGCGAACAGUCGGUAGUUCACCCUUUCUUCCGGAAAGAUCUCGCAGUUCCGUCCCAAAGUACGCCGUCCCUCGAAAAUGCUACUAUUGCUCCGGCCGGAUCCAGCAAACUGCCCUCAGACGUCCAUUCACCUGCAACCACAACCCCCGGUCCCAGUCAGACGGUCCAGAUGCCAUUUCCAUACCCCUUAGGAUCAUCGACGACUCCAGCUCCAAGUACAUCGAACCCAGAUGAAGACCCGAAUGCUAGCCGACGCAAGAGGCGGAAGACAGAGCGGAGCAAGCAAUCUGAACAUGACCAACCUCUCCAAGCGGGCUUAUCUAGCUGGCUGGGGGUAGAAGCCCCCACUUCUAUUGCUCCUAAAGUGCCAGUUAUGGACGCAGAGUCUAGUAUGCCGUCCAUACCAUCGCCCCCUGCCUCAGCCGAAGCCCAGUCUGGCACUACCAGUCUUGGGAAAGCACCCGCGUCAAAAGAUGUUACACCCUCGCAGGAUGCCCCAACGAAACCGCGCAAAAUUGUCAAGUUGAACACCAAUGGUCGCUUGCUCAGUUCUCCUCCACUCAGCCCUCCUGAUCCUACUGCGCCGAAGCGAGGAGGUGGCAAACGAGGUCGAACUCGCAAGGUGGAAAGCAAGAUGGUGGUCCUCAAAUACACACUUGCAAAAAGAGCUGACAUUGGGAAAAUGAUAGACGACAUACUCAGUGGUUGUGCAAAGCACAAUGCUCCUUCUCCGGCUCCUGCUGCUUCCCUGCGACGACCUGUACAACCUAGAAUCGUCGACAACAAACCGACUCAUCCAUUCUUUGUGAAGAAACCACCUCCAAAGUCACCGGCUGCUGUCAGCGGUGACGAUCAAUCUACUACAGAAAGCCCAGAUAUCAAGGCUAUCUCAGAUGUGAGACAGCAGAGAACUGCCGAAGUAAAGGGGGAUUCAAAGUCGACAUGGCCGGUGUCAUCGGGAUUCGUGCGUCGAACAAACAAGUUUCCCGAGACAAUUCAUUCACUAUGGCCACCUCGGGACCUCGUUCAUGUCACAGAUCUUGCCUCAUCUCCAUUGGCUCGGACGUCCGUGGGGAACCUCGAGAAUGAUCGUAAGAAGUCUAAAUUUCCAACCAUCGCGGUCACAGACGAAGAGAAUGCUCUUCUUACCAGCACUGCAUGGGCCCGUGAAGCUGCUACGUUUGAGUUGCAAAGUUCUAGCAACAGCAAACCAGCUCUACGGCUCCCGGGGCGACAUCUUGCCAGUGGACGCGUCCUGCAGGCUGCCCUCAAUAGCCAAAUGUCUUGGUCACUGCCUGGCCAACAAGCGUCUUACGCUUCGACCUUACCUGUGAUCAAAAGACUCCACUCUUCUCUGCUCUCGUCCGUUUCCGCUUUCGAUUGUGGAAAGUAUGAAUCACGCCUCUGGUGUCACAAGUACAGCCCGGCAAAAGCAGAAGAUGUCCUUCAAGUUGGCCGGGAGGCUCGAGUGCUUCGCGACUGGCUUCGCCAUCUAAAAGUCAGUGCGGUCGAUAGUGGCAAACAACCUAGAGAGACCACCAAAUUGAAGGUCAAGCAUGACAAGAAACGGAAAAAGCGCAAAGCCGAUGAUGAGCUUGACGGGUUCAUUGUCUCAAGUGGAGAGGAAGCAUCCGAGAUGGAUGCGCUUUCGGGCUCGGAUGAUGAACUGGCAGGCGAUGUCACAGUUUCGGCGCCAAAGACCCUCAUUCGAUCAGGAGAUCUAACCAUCCAGGGCCAGAAUGGAGGCGACAAAGGCCGGCUGACCAAUGCUAUCCUCAUAAGUGGCCCUCCAGGCUGUGGCAAAACAGCGUCAGUAUAUGCGAUAGCCAAGGAGCUUGAUUUUGAGGUCUUCGAAAUCAACCCUGGUAGUCGCAGAAGUGCCAGAGACAUGCUCGAGAGAGUCGGCGACAUGACACAAAAUCAUCUCGUUCACCUUCUGAAUGACAAUGAUGACCCCGGGUCAAAGCUGAAGGAGCAUGUCGCAGAUGUUGACACCAGGCAAAACAAAUUGAUGAGCUUUUUCAAAGGCCAGCCAUCACAAAAUAAAAAUAUCAAAUCCGUCAACGGUACCAAAGCAAAGCCGAGCCCUACUCCUGGGUCUGAAUGCAAGCGCGGACGCGAGCAGAAGCAGUCCUUGAUUUUGCUUGAAGAAGCUGAUCUGCUUUUUGAGGAAGAUCGCCAAUUCUGGACUGGAGUCCUGACCCUCAUCAGUCAAUCUAAACGACCUAUAAUCAUUACUUGCAAUGAUGAAAGUACAAUUCCAAUCCAAGCUAUGUCUCUACAUGCCAUCUUGCGAUACCAACGGCCUCCUCUCGAUCUUGCACUUGAUUAUUUGCUUUUGGUCGCUGCCCACGAAGGACACGCGUUGAAGAGAGACGCUGUCAACAAGCUUUUUAACGCAUCUGGCAUGGACAUUCGAAGGUCACUGAUGGAUCUGAAUUUCUGGUGUCAGAUGGCCGUUGGGAGUGAAAAGGGAGGCCUGGAUUGGAUUCUUCCGAUUUGGCCGCCUGGGGCUAAUAUGGAUCCAAAUGGAGAACGAGUAAGGGUUCUGAGUUUGAACACCUAUGAAUCGUACAUGGGAUGGUUCAGUCGUGACGCCUUCCUAAGUGAAAACUCCCUGACAAAAGACAUCGAGGCCUUGGAAAACACAUUCAACUGGUGGAGACUGAGCAUUCAGGAUGCUGAAGAUGCAUCUGGCGUGAGUAAAAUGCAGCAUCUGCCUUCUCAACAACAACGUUCCAUGACAAAGCUCGAACAACUGGAGUUGUUGAGUCGCGAAACGGACUACAUGGAGAUGAGGAGCGCUCUCGACAUUCUUUGCUCCGAUUGUCCAAGGGAUAUGUUCAAGGACGUCCUUGAUACCUCUUCGCCGCCAAUUUCCGAAUCUUAUCGGUCCAACUACGUUGAUGCUCACCCACUUUUGCAGGCUGACCUGCUGCCUGAAUACUCCUCCCUCAGCGAGUCGAUCUGCACCACUUUUGAUUCAUUGAUCUCUCGGACUUUCCGUCCCAAGGUCGAGGAUAUUGAAUCUGCUGGUGCAGGUAGAAUUUUCAAUGGCUGGGCCCAGGCUGCCGCCCGUCAAAGCAUCUCGUCUUCGACAUCCAAUGGCUUCCGGAAAGCCUUUGAGCCUCUCAUGCGAGCAAAUUACUCCACCAUAGCAACUGGUCGACCAGCCCUGUCUUUCGAAAAUGGUCUUGCACCCAUCACCGAGGACAUUGCUCCUUACGUUCGCGCUAUCAUGACAUUCGACGGUCGCCUCAAACAAUAUAGAGAUAACCUUUUUGCAGCCUGGUCUCAAGGACAAGGCGGAUCCGGAGACAAACGAAUGCGGAAAACCCGUGCCAGUCGGGCCGCUCUGGAAGGAGGCAACAAGGCUUCGACUCGCAAAGAAACAUGGUUUCCAGAUGAAACGAAUUACUACGGGGUACAAGCCACUGGUCGACCCGAGUGGCAGCAGAUUUUGUUUGACAUGGGUCAUUUCCAUAUUCAGCCUGUAGCUGUCUCGGCUGACUGGAGCAGUGAGCCCCCUUCCGGCGAGUAA